GGCACAUCAGUUGGAGCUCAAUUGUUGAUGUGAUCACAUCCAACGGUCUUGCAGCGGAAGAGAGAAGCUGAGAUUUUUUUUUAAAGAGCAGAAGAAUCAUUCUGACCUAUUGCUGGUGUGCUUCCUGACCACUUUCUCUUUGACUUAUUUAUUCUUCUGUCUCGUUUUCCGCGGUGUUUUGGCAGACGACUCGGCGGAGAGGAUGUCUUUCCCCCAGUUGGGCUACCCUCAGUACUUAAGUGCCUCCCAAGUGGUGUACGGCGGGGAUCGGCCGGGGGUCCUGACUCCGUCGUCCCGGGGAGGGAGCUCUGAGAUCGCGGGAAACCAGUCGGCUGCUGCCGCUGCAGUCACCUCGGUGUUGGGCAUGUACGCAAACCCCUACACUGCACACAACUACAGCGCAUUCCUGCCGUACAGCAGUGCAGACCUGGCUCUUUUCUCUCAAAUGGUAAGGGCUAUUUCUAUGCUUCUGAUGUUGUAUUGUAGUGGUAUGUAUGGUUGCUUUAAGUCAAGUGUUUCAAUUAUUUGGCCUGGAAAAGGCACGUGAAAAGACGGCUGGGAACCAUGCAAUCUGACAUUUCUUUGUAAGUUGCACGUCCUCGCGCUCUCCGAAAGUUUGUUGAUAAGGAAUAACAAUGCGUCUAUAACUUUUAUUUACACCUCUUAAUUAUUGGAGUAAGAAUAAUUAUCCGUAACCUACUUUGGAAGUGUAUUUGUCAUUUUAAGUGGGAGUUUGUAGAUGUAGAUGAGGCCGAAAACGGACUGUGGUCUGAUAUUUCGUUUGAGGGAGUUGUUAUUUAGUAUAAAAUAGUGUUUAGUCUAGAUAAUGGUGCAUGUGACCCAAAUUAUAUAGUUUGGUUGACUUUAAUUAUUAUAUGAUUGGUCGUCGGCUUCUGAAAUAUUACUAAAGACAGCUAUUCCUGUUGGUGAAUCGAAACAACAAAGGUAUUUGCAUGAAGCUGGCACGUACACCAAUCAUUUAACUGCUAGGAUAAAAUAGUAGCUAUAUAAACAAAACCAUUACGUAAAACAAAUUCCAGGCCCACAAUGACCUAGACGUUGGAUUAUAAUUUUGUCUCGCAACAUUGUUCUACUGUUUUGUAUUCAUUUUGAGGAAAAAUAUUUGAGGAUAAUACAUACGUAUUUGUGAAAUAUUUGCUUUUGAAGUUUUUAAACUGACAUUGAAAAAUAACAAUUUACAGACACUUUACAAAAUAAUGUAGUUCAUGACUAUAGCACAAGAAUGCAGCUUGAAUAGGCCUUCUCUGACAGACAUUAAAGUUGCCCAUUUUGCAUAAAAUAAAUAAUUUAGUUCCAUGAUGACAUUGACAUUUUAUACUGUCCUACAAAAUAUACUUCAUUUAAGAAUUCCAAUACUUACUUCCAUCUGCAUUUGAUACAAAAAUAGCAGUACUUAUAUAACAAUAGAAAACAGUUAUAGUCUGGACAUACAGGCCGCAGUGGAAACUCAAAUCAUUUCGGUCAAAUGCAUUAAAAGUAGUUCUACUCAACUCAGUAAUUAAAACGCGAAAACAUAGAAUGUAUAUAAGUGUGUAUAGUCAUACUUUUAAUAAUAUAGGCUUAAAUAUAAUAUAUAGGUUGUGUGUAUUAUCGUUUUCUAGACUUUUGUACGUUAUCGAAGGACAUUGUCUACAGUUAUCCCAAACUUUCAUUAGCAUAGAAGAGCGGCAUAAAUUAGUUACAGGGAUUUCCAAGCGAGUCGGCCCAUUUGUAAAUGCUAUUCAUGUCGAAAUGUAUGCGUGGUAUUAGGCAUUUAUAGAAAUGCACGUGUUUCUAAGCUGCAUAUUAACCAAUAGUGUGGCGUUGUUCACCCGUCCAGGGCUCCCAGUACGAGCUGAAGGACAGUCCUGGCGUCCACCCCGGCAGCUUCGCGGCCCACACCUCGCCAGCCUUCUACCCAUACGGCCAGUUCCAGUACGGGGACCCGGCCAGGCCCAAGAACGCCACCCGGGAGAGUACCAGCACGCUGAAGGCCUGGCUCAAUGAGCACAGGAAGAACCCCUACCCCACCAAGGGAGAGAAGAUCAUGUUGGCCAUCAUUACUAAGAUGACCCUGACGCAGGUGUCCACCUGGUUCGCCAACGCCAGGAGGAGGCUGAAGAAGGAGAACAAGGUGACGUGGGGGGCCAGGAGUAAAGAGGACGAGGAUGGAAACAUCUUCGGCUCCGACAACGAGGGAGACACGGAGAAGAACGAUGACGAGGAGGAGAUAGAUCUAGAGAGCAUCGAUAUAGACAAGAUAGACGACAACGAUGGAGAUCAGAGCAACGACGAUGACGAUGAUAAACCGGAGGGCAGAGAGCGAGACCGGGAAUUUGACAGUCUGGAGAAACGGCGGCCCUUCGCUCUGCAGCACCAGGCCUUCGACAAAUCUAAGAACUCAAUUUCCUCCGGGAAGGAACUUUCUGAUAGCAACAACAACACCAGAGUUCUGUCCCGGGACAGACAGGGAAGUUUUCAGCUCCCAGUGAACAAUAAGCCUAAAAUCUGGUCGUUAGCUGAGACGGCUACCAGUCCUGAUAGUUCUGUGAAGUCCACCUCUCCCUCCGGCCCUGCCGGUCACACACCGCCUCAGAUGCAGCACCCGGCCUUCCUGCCCUCCCACGGACUAUACACCUGUCAGAUAGGCAAGUUCCAUAACUGGACCAACGGAGCAUUCCUGGGGCAGAACUCUCUGCUCAAUGUCCGGUCGUUUCUAGGAGUUAAUCAGCACCAUCAUCAUAACCACCACUUACAGACCCAGCAGCUGCAGCAGACCUCGGUGUUGGUGUCGGCUGGAGCAGCGCUCAACGACAAGGCCUCGCCACAACUCAGUCCCAAGCAUAUAGGUAUGCACCAGUCAGAACCGUAUGCACACUACUUUACCAUUAUAUUUGGUAAGCAAAAAUCAACGCAAUUAUAGUUCAUGAAAAAAACAUAGCCUUUCAAUUGUAUUUUGUCCAAAUGAAAGUGUUUUUAAAAACUACUAACAUUUCUACUCAAUCACUUAUACACACGCACCAAUAGGUCACACACACACACACAAACUAAAUUUAACUAAAACUAGAAUUUGUUAUAAUAAUUAUCAUAAUAAUAACAAUGACAUAGAAACAUUAUGUUAUUACUCAAGUAUUUCAUUAAAAUAUAUAUUUUGUUUAUUUUGUAAUGAGUUUUAUCCUUUUAUUUCAGACCGUGAUAACGUUGUAAGAAGUGACUCUCCUCCAACACAACCUCUGAAGUCUUCAUUUAGACCCCUUCAUGAUGGGUAAGACGCGUUUUAUUUAUUGGGCAAAUGCAGUUGGGGUAAAAGAAUAGCAGUAAGAUUGAUAUUAUAAUAUUGUAAUAGCAAAUGGUUUCCUCCAAAAUGGUGUCAUUGCGUGGUCUGUGGUGGUUAGACUCUCAGAGGGUCCAGGGACUGUUUUCUUGGUGGACAGAUGUGAGAGAUUGGUCUGGCUUCUAAAAAAAAAAUAGUUGUUCUUCUCCUGGUGACACGGGGUUUCGGCUCCAGCCCCCCUCCCCUAAUUCCCUCCCUCUGGAGGCUGACUACUUAUCAAGUCCCCCGUAAAACGGGACCUGUCUGGGGCUCGGCUUCCCUAAAGACCCCGGGGAGCAACCCGGCCCUGGGGAGCGUUCUAGCAGAAAACUUCUCCCAGUCUGAAGUGCUCACAUCUACACACAACGUCUUUCUUUCUUCCCGCUAUUAGCGCCAGGUCACUGCCGGCGGUGCUAUCCUAAUAUGACGGCCUGUUUGUCAUUUAUUAUAUACACGGAAUCAUUAGUGUCAUAAAAUAUACGCUUUAAAUACCAGUCCCUGAUAUAGGCUAAAAUGCGUCGACAGAAUUCACAUGAAAACUUGAAGAGAUAUAGCAUCCUAGAUGACAUGUUGUGUGUGUUGACCCAGUGGAUAGGCUACUUGAAAAUAAUAUUAUAUUCUAUAGAAACACGCUUCUAUCAUUCUAUUCUGGUGCUGAUCCUCCUCUCUGUUCUUUCAGCCCCAGGACUCAGCAAGAAGCCACGCAGCGGGUUCUGACCGCCCUCUCCUCGGCUUGAUCAAGACAUUCUGCCCUGGAAGAAAGAGACUUGACGCACUCAGAAAAGGACAAUGAGAAAUAACUUCAUUCACCGUAGUAUUCAGAGCAAAUGGCUAAUUUGAUAUAAACUCCUGUGGCAGGAUUUCCUCUCUUGUUGUAAAUAACGGCGCCUGUUAUUCCCUGCUCUUUACCCUGGGACGUUUGGUAGGCUUUUCUUGUGUUGGGGUCUUCUGUUCUCUUCAUACAGUGAUUUACAUCUGUAAAUAGCGCGUUGACGACAUUUGUCCAGAUCGUAUAUUUUGUCUAAUAAACUAAAUGAAAUUAUAGAGAAAAUCAAAGAAUAUACAUAUUUUGUUUUUG